AUGGGGUUCUUGGCGAUGGCGAUGGCGAUGGCGAUGGCGAUGACGAUUGCAGCUCCAGUGCAUGUGAGCUGCGCUGAGGGCAUUGGAGCAUUCAACGGGAUCGGGGUGGUGACAGGCGACGAAUGGCUGUCGGAGCCCAACGACGACCCGGGCUUCGUGCAGAAGAAGAUGAUGAAGACGGAAUAUCGAUGCCGCUUCUUCGACUCCUCGACGGAGUCAGACCUGGAGCACAAGCAGCUACGAGGGGAGGAGCCAGACCUCCCCGACUGGUACAAGCACAUGCAGACCAAGUUCCGAGCACAGCAGGAUGGGAAAUGGUGGGAGAAAGCUGCGAUACCCAGCUACGUCGACCUGCUGGACUCGUAUCGCGCGGACCAUCACAAGCACAAAGAGAGGCUGUGGCAACAGAUCUGCGAUAAGAUGCAAAGUCUUAUGGAUGCGGGAUGCGGUCAUAACGUGCCGAGCUUCUCGGAUACAAGAGAUCAAAUCUAUGAGCUCAUGAAAACAGUAUCCUCUCUCCUCUUUCCCAUUCCUCCUCCUCGUCGUUGCCCGAACUUGACCAAGUUCCAGAAAGAUCAAAGUGCUGCCAAGAUCCAACGCAAGCAAGAGCUCUUCGCUCGAUGGGCGCAAGACGUCAUAUCGCUUGUUCUCAUCUCCUCUACUCACGCCAGGAGCAGGCGCAGGAUGCAGCGGCAGGAGGAAGAAGCCAUCCUCCGCAAGAUCAGGAAGCAGAAGAUCAGGAAGCAGAAGAAGGAGCGAAGGAGGAAGGAGUUCGGUUCGCUUCUUCACAUCUCUGCUAUGUCCUUCAACCGAGAAGUUCUCAACGAAGGUCGCGACGUCUGGGUCUACGUGCUCUUGUACGAUGAUGGACGCGAGGACUGCAUAUUCCUCCAAGACAUCUUCAACGAGCUCGCUGCUUCCCUCCCGUCCGCCAAGUUCGUCAAGCUUCACUUCCUCCAGGCCCUCCCCGACCUCCACAAGGCAACGCCCGGCAAGGAGGAGCCGCUGCUGACACCGUGCCUGCUAGAUGACGGAGCUCCCGACGAUCCUCCUGUACCGUCACGGGCAGCUGCGGCAUCGGCUCGCCGGCCUCCUCGACCUGGGAGGCCGAUGCCUCGACGGGGGGGGACGUCUGAUUUACCAUGA